GUGCAGUCAGCCUUGCCUCGUCGGUGCUGUCUGGGAGCGGUCCGCCCGGGUCAGUCGCCCCUCUGGUCAGUCUUGUCGGCCGCCUGAUGGAGGCGUUGUCGACGUCGGCAGAGAGCCCCUGGUGAAGGGCUUGAUGACCCCGAUCACGCUGUCACGCCGCCCGCCGCCGUCGCCCUCAGGAUGCGGGACAGCCUGACAGCCCGACAGCCCAACGUCGCAGGCAUGGUCAAAAGAGUAAGGUGGCAUUGUCGACAGCUGGACUGCCGGGCCAAUGAGCUGCCAGAGCCGCGCCGUCACAAGGCCCGAGGCCACAGCCGGCUGCGCGGGGGCGGUUGCACAGUCGCAAGCACCUCGGGAGGCCGUCGACGCUGUGCUCCAAUCCGAGCCCUCAGCAGGGCCCGGCUGCCCGAUUUCCUCGACGCCCGCAGCCCUGGGCCUUAUGGAACCCCCUUUCGCCGCCAGCGCGUGCGCCGAGCAAUGUGACGGCCUCCUGCGCGUGGUUCCGGCCUCUCGACUCUCGAGGGGGUCAGGCCGACAUGUGCACUAGGCAUGCGGGCAAACAUGUAUAAUGGAUUGAUAUAUCAAGACGAAGCAGACUUUUCCACGCCUCGUUGCCUCUUUUGCCUCCUGUGCCUGCCCCUCGACAAAUUGGGCACCCAUCAAGAAGGUCCAGACGACGGUCCAGACGCCCAAGUGAGCUGUCAACGCCACGAUAGCCCCAAGUCUGCAAGUCCAAGCACCGUCGUUUCACCGCCCCUCUUGUAAGCUUCGCCGCGGGCCACUGCGCCGGGGCGGAAAAUGCCCUCGCUCCUUUCCCUUGGUGCGGCGUGGCUCGGCCUCGCGACAAUCGCCCGAGCCGCCUGCAACGGCCAGGACGCCCUCUGCAGCCGGCCCUACAGCAAUGUGACCUUUGUGGGCUCUCACAAUAGCGCCUUCGUUGGGCUGCUGCCCAGCCAGAACCAGCUGCUGUCGGUCGAGGACCAGCUCGGCUUGGGCGUGCGCUUCCUGCAGGCGCAGACCCACGAUCUCGAUGGCACCAUCGAGAUGUGCCAUACCAGUUGCAUCGAGCUGGACCAGGGCUCGCUGACGGAAUACCUCGGGCCCAUCAAGACCUUCAUGGACGCGAACCCCAACGAGGUCGUCACCCUGCUCCUCACCAACGGCGACGAUAUCCCUGUGUCCAAGUUUGCCGAUGUCUUCGCCGCUGUGGGGCUGGAGCAGUAUGCCUUCACCCCCAGCGGUGCGCUAUCGCUGAGCCAGUGGCCAACGUUGCAGACCAUGAUCAACGAUGGCACGCGACUAGUCAUCUGGAUGGAUUACAACUCAGACACCGCAACUACCCCUUACAUCCUGGACGAAUUUGCAUACUGUAUGUGUAGCGUGCGGUGGUGCCCUCUGCGCCACCCCCAUCAGGCACUUCUGCGGUCCAUUAAUUACGUCGCAGAUUUCGAGACAUCAUAUGAGGUCACAGACGAUGCCUUUCCUUCUUGCGCCAUCGACCGGCCAUCUGGGGCAAAUGCAGACGGCCGCAUGGGCCUCGUCAACCACAUGCUCCACAUCGACAUUCUCGGCAUUCAGAUUCCGGAUCUUAUCAACGCCAACAAGACCAACUCGUUGAACUCGAUCGAUGCACAAGCCGGCAUUUGCGAGGGCCUUUACGGACGGACGCCCAACGUUAUUCUGCUUGACUACGUGGGUUUGGGCGAUGCUAUGGGUGCUCAGGCAGCGCUCAAUGGUUUGUAGACACCCGGUCAAACUUAUUUCUGUAGAUACACGGCCGUCUUUGUUUCUGUUCGGAUGAGAGUUAUAAUGAGACGUUUAAUUUCCAAGGGGAUUGUGGUUUGAAACAACAUGACUCUUGAGAUCAGGAUGAGAGUAUACCUCGCGGAGUGCGGAUUUGAGUCGUGCCCAGCUCGUGAACAUGGAGGCAGCAUUCGUGAUUUGGGCCGGAUAAUAGGGACCCCAAUGUAGGACCGCCGGUGGGAAUAUCGUCAGUGGAUGUAGACAUCGGACGCCGCGAGAACAACCGGCCGGAAUCAGGACCAGCACCAUUCAUGACGACUUCAUGGCCAAUUGCCACAAGAGCGGCCACCGAUUGAUGAAUUCUAAUGGUUCUUUUCAGUUGAACGUGUCGAAAUACCUGCGUUGUCCGGUGAGUUGACGUGCGAGUGGACUCACAAGACGAGUCGUGAGUGGGCUUCACUCCGGCGGAUUAGCACAGCAAAACUUGGCCACAAUGCUGACGACUCCUCCCCGCGAGCCAUGUUUGCCACUAAUCUGUAGAAUGGCUGUGGACAAUGUAUGAAUGCAGAGGUCAACUUACGCUGCCUACGGAUGGAUGCCGGUGAGGCUGGGUCGAUGCUUCAGACUGGUAAGCGAUAUGCUGCUUUUGUUUCAGCUGCUACGAUUCCGCUUCUCGGAAAAGUCUCAAACCUCAGCACAAUGCUGAUAGCCAGUGGGUUGGGGAUCGUUCAGUUCGGCAUG